CUCUGUUUAUCUCUGUCUCUCCCGCUCUCUCUCCCUCUGUGUGUGUGUGUGUGUCUGAGCAGAACACGCUCGUUUCCGAGCUGCAGCUCGCGGUGCAGCAGACGAGGCCCUCGUCACACAGGAGUGAUUUCCAGCUUCGAUUUGUCUCGAAUUGUAAAGACGAGAUUCGCGCGGACGAGGCAGGGAAGCUGGAGGGACUGAAGGAGAAACAUGAGCGGCGGAGUUUACGGAGGAGGUAAGAUGAGGUGGGAGCACUGGUAUUUGACAUUGGCUCUUUCUCUACCAGAGCAGGUUAUGCUGGAGAAGACUGCCCUAAGGCCGACUUCCCCACCUCUUUAGGAGUGCAUGUAGAGGAGGAGGGAUCUGCUGAAAUGGGGUUGGAGCAAGAGAACAGCAGUGGGCGGAGUUUCUACCUGGACACCACUGCACUUCAUGUACCCCGAGCUGGAGUGGAGCUGAUAUCACCGCUGAAGAACGGCAUGAUUGAAGACUGGGAGGGCUUUCAGGCUAUAAUGGACCAUAUUUACAGCAAGCACAUCAAAUCAGAGCCCAGCCUGCACCCAGUGCUCAUGUCUGAGGCUCCGUGGAACUCACGUGCUAAGAGAGAGAAGCUGACUGAGCUGAUGUUUGAGCACUACAACAUUCCGGCCUUCUUUCUGUGCAAAACUGCAGUCCUGACAGCCUUUGCAAAUGGACGAGCCACUGGGCUGGUACUGGACAGUGGGGCCACACACACUACUGCCAUCCCAGUGCAUGAUGGGUAUGUCCUGCAGCAAGGUAUAGUGAAAUCUCCGCUGGCUGGAGACUUCAUUACCAUGCAGUGCAGAGAGAUGUUCCAGGAGAUGAGCAUCGAUAUCAUCCCUCCAUACAUGAUCGCCUCCAAGGAACCUGUGAGAGAGGGAGCUCCUCCAGUUUGGACAAAGAAAGACAAACUGCCCCCUGUCACCAAAUCCUGGCACACAUACAUGUGCAACGAGGUCAUUCAGGAUUUCCAAGCAUCAGUUCUUCAAGUGUCUGACUCGCCGUAUGAUGAGCAGGUAGCUGCUCAGAUGCCCACUCUGCAUUAUGAGAUGCCCAGUGGGUACAAUGCUGAUUAUGGAGCGGAGCGGCUGCGGAUUCCUGAGGGUCUGUUUGAUCCCUCCAACGUAAAGGGCCUGUCCGGGAACACCAUGCUGGGCGUUGGCCACGUGGUCACCACCAGCAUCGGAAUGUGUGACAUCGAUAUCCGACCCGGUCUGUAUGGCAGUGUGAUUGUAACAGGUGGGAACACUUUACUGCAAGGAUUCACUGAAAGACUCAACCGAGAGCUAUCACAGAAAGCACCACCGAGUAUGAGACUAAAGCUGAUUGCCAGUAAUAGUUCAAUGGAGCGUCGCUUCAGUCCAUGGAUUGGAGGCUCCAUCCUGGCGUCUCUGGGAACCUUUCAGCAAAUGUGGAUCUCAAAGCAGGAAUAUGAUGAAGGAGGAAAACAGAGUGUGGAGAGAAAAUGUCCCUAAAAACACAAACACUGUCUCAGACUGGUUGAUCUUAGUGACAGUAAAAUGAUUUUUCAAAAGCCUAAUAAAACCGAUGUUGAUCCGUCCUCA